AUGAGUCCUGCCACCCUGUUGGCUCUCCUGGGGGUCACCCUCACCCUGCCUCUGCCCCGAGCAGCGGCCCUGACCUGCCAGCACCUGACACAAGAUGCUGUGCACCCGGCAACUUCACUGCCCCUCUAUUGGAAGGCUGCCUCCAAACUCUGUGAAGACGGCUGGGGUUGUCAAGACACACUGAUACUCAUUCAUAAUGGACCCCAGGUGACUGUAGUGCUUACCAAGGGCUGCACUCUGGCUGAAGACCAGGAGGCUCACAUCACCCAGCACAGGUCCGGCCCUGGCCUCUCUGUCAUCUCCUAUACCCACGUGUGCCGGCAGAAGGACUUAUGCAACAACCUGACCGACAGCCUUGCCCUCUGGACCCAGCCCUUCACCACAGUUGCUCCAGCCCCCCGAGGCGUGCAGUGCCCCACCUGCUUGUCCAAAGACGGAUGCCAGGAGAUUGGGACCGAGCUUCCCUGCCCCACAGGGCUCACACAUUGCUACAAAGGUGUCCUUACACUCAACGGAGGGGGGAUCACCACCAAGCUGAGUGUCCAAGGAUGCAUGGCCCAAGAAGGCUGCAGCUUGCUUCAUGGGACCCAGAAAAUUGGGUCCAUAAGUGUGAGUGAGAACUGCAAUCCUGAAGAUGAUCUGAUGUGUCAUUCAGGGACCAUGUUGAAGGUUCAUUCAAAUCUGUCUCAGGAACCUACUGAAUGGACUGCAGCUGGGAACCAGACGUGCAAUGCUGGCGAGAUAUGUCGGGAGACACUGUUGUUAAUUGACCCAGGACACAAACAGCUCCUGGUGGGGAGAAAAGAUUGCGCCUCCCCUGGGGUACUGGAUUCUGAUAUUAUUUCCACCCACUUGACGCCACCCGGAAUGCUUGUCGUCUCUUAUGCCAGCGUCUGCUCCUCCAACUGGUGUAACAGUGCUAACAGUUCCAGUGUCCUGCUGAACAACACCCUUCCUCAGCCAGGUAUCCCUGCCCUUGGAGACCGGAAGUGUCCUGUUUGUGUGGAGGUAUUUGGAUCCUGUUCGAACUCCAAACUCAUGACAUGCCCUGUGGGAACUACUGAUUGUUAUAAUGGUUACAUCAGUGUCAGUGGAGGUGAAGUCUCCAUCAAAAUGCAUGUUCAGGGUUGCAGGACCCAAGGUUCUAAGGACUCAUGGAGCAUUAGCCCGAGUAUUGGGGCAUUCUACGUGAAUGGGAACUUUAAGGACCAGUUUCCUCAGCAAAAUGAAGUUUCUCCUGCCCCCCUACCUGGCUUGGGUGUUGACCUCAUGACCUAG